CCGGCCCUUUCCCCGCCGCCUCGGCCCGACCAUGCGCCUCCGGCCGCCGGCCCUGCUGCUGCCGCUGCAGCUCGCCCUGCUGGUGGCCGCGGGCGCCCCGGGGGCACCGGUCAGCGCGCCCCGGAGCUUGGUGUGGGGGCCCGGGCUGCAGGCGGCCGUCGUCCUGCCCGUGCGCUACUUCUACCUGCAGGCGGUCGACACCGAGGGCCGCAACCUCACGCGAUCGCCCCCAGGUCAAACACUGUUCAGAGUAGCAGUCAAAUCUCUUUCUUCUAAGGAGUUAGUCCGGAUUCAGGUUCCUAAACUGUUGGAUAGGAAUGAUGGAACAUUUUUGGUGAGGUAUAGACUACAUGAUACUGUCAACGCAGGGCUAAAGAUAGAAGUCCUUUAUGGAGAUGAACAUGUGGCUCAAUCUCCCUAUAUUCUGAAAGGUCCCGUGUACCAUGAGUACUGCAUUUGCCCAGAAGACCCUGCGGCCUGGCAGGAAAUUCUUUCCUGUCCACCUGAGGAGCCACAGAUUGCAGAAGAUUUUGCUUCCUUCCCUAGCAUCGAUCUGCAGCAGAUGCUACACGAAGUCCCCAAAAGGUUUGGGGAAGAGAGAGGUGCUGUUGUUCACUACACGAUUCUCAAUAACCACCUUUACCGACGCUCGCUAGGGAAAUACACGGAUUUCAAAAUGUUCUCUGAUGAGAUUUUGCUCUCCCUGGCAAGAAAGGUCCUCCUACCGGAUUUGGAAUUUUACAUUAAUCUUGGAGAUUGGCCCUUGGAGCAUCGGAAGGUUAAGGAAUCCCCAGGACCUCUGGCUAUCAUUUCCUGGUGUGGUUCUUUAGAUUCCAGAGACCUUAUCCUUCCAACCUAUGACAUCACCCACUCUACCCUAGAAGCCAUGAGGGGUGUGACGAAUGACCUCCUCUCCAUUCAAGGACAUACGGGGCCUUCCUGGAUCAACAAAACAGAGAAAGCUUUCUUCCGAGGUAGAGAUAGCCGGGAGGAGAGGCUGCAGUUGGUACAGCUGUCCAAAGAAAAUCCACAGCUAGUGGACGCAGGAAUUACAGGAUAUUUCUUUUUCCAAGAGAAAGAAAAGGAACUGGGAAAAGCCAAGUUGAUGGGGUUCUUUGAUUUUUUUAAGUACAAGUAUCAGGUGAACGUGGAUGGGACCGUGGCUGCAUACAGGUUCCCGUAUCUCAUGCUGGGAGACAGCCUGGUUCUGAAGCAGGACUCGCCUUAUUAUGAGCAUUUCUACACGGAACUGCAGCCCUGGAAGCAUUAUGUUCCAGUGAAAAGAAAUCUCAGCGACUUACUAGAGAAAAUUCAAUGGGCCAAGGACAAUGAUGAAGAAGCAGAGAAGAUUGCGAAAGCAGGGCAGGCGGCUGCCCGGAAGCUGCUGCAGCCGCACCGACUUUACUGCUACUACUACAGAGUACUGCAGAAAUAUGCAGAGUGCCAGUCCAGCAAACCUGAGAUCCGUGAUGGAAUGGAACUUGUUCCUCAGCCGGAUGACAACACAUCCAUCUGCCAGUGCCCUAGGAAAAGGCCCUCGAGGGAAGAGCUUUAAGGCAGCCUGUAUUCACACUCCAGCUAUUCCUGGAAGGGACAACUCAAUAAAGAUGCUAAGCUGUGGGAAGAAAAAAAGAAAUGUGGAAGAAUCUGGGUACGAUGGUGCAUCCUUGUAAGCCCAGCAUUGGGGAGGCUGAGGCAGGAGGAUUGUGAGUUGGAGGCCAGCCAGGGCUAUAAAGAAUAGCCUAUCUCAAGAAAACAACCUGGAGACAGGAGGCUCUCCCAGUGGACCAGUUCUCUUGGUGCCCAUAACAUGAAUGGAUGUAACAGUCUUUCAGCAAGUAUUAUUCGGUAUGUUUGGACAUUGAUUUCUUUUGAGGCAAAACUGACAGAUCAUGCUUGAAAAAGAAGAGUUAUCCAGCUGGGCACCAGUGGCUCAUGCAUGUAAUCCUAGCAACUCAGGAGGCUGUGAACUGAGGAUCCUGGUUCAAAGCUAGCCUGGGCAGGAAAGUCUGUGUAACUUUUAUCUCCAAUUAACC